ACCAUUGUGGAAAGUUAUUGAAAAGCGAUUGCAUCACCGCCCGAUCGGUGGCUGAGUAAAAGUGCACCAUGAAGAACAACGGCACCAUGAACUACUUCACCGAAUCGUCCGACGAGGACGACGAGGAGACGGUCAUGAUCAAAAAAGUGCAGCAGGACAAUAAACUAUGGGACUCGUUCCAGGAUCCGCCAGUACCGCAAACAUCCGGUUCCGCCGCCAGCCGGGAGUAUCUGCUCGUGUUCAUCAAAGGGCUGAAGGUGUUUACCUACAUAUUCGUGUUUCUCGUCAUACUGGCCAGUGCGUGCUUUGCCAAGAUGUCCUUUCUCCUGAUGGUAUCGAACAUCAAGGAUGGUACCAAGAAUCGUUACUGUGAUGUUCGGCAACCGGACAAACAAUUCGAGGCGUAUAUUCCACGCGAGCAACGGGUGGCCUGGAUGUGGGCAAUCGUGUUCUCCUUCGCCGUGCCCGAGAUCGGCACCUUCAUCCGGGCGUCACGUAUCUGCUUCUUCAAGAACAUUCCACGCCCAUCCUGGGGCCAGCUGUUGAUGGUCACGGUCAUGGAAAGUUUCCACGUGAUUGGCCUGGCGAUACUGGCGUUUCUUGUGUAUCCCAACCUGGACGUCGUUAAGGCGGCGAUGCUGACGAACUGUGUCUGUCUGGUCCCAGCCAUCGGGGGGCUUGUGUCCCGUUCGCCCAAGGAGUCCAAGCUGGCGUUUAAAUACAUCUUCGACCUGCUUGCGAUCAGUGCCCAGCUCACUGGGUACGUUGUCUGGCCACUGUUAAACAACCAGUUUGAACUGUGGUUCAUACCCGGGGCCAUUUUCCUUGUAUCGUGUCACUGGUGGGAAAACUACCUUUCACAAAAAAGUCUCCUUCGUCCGAUUGCUCUUUUUGCGGAUAUACGUGAAAAGUUAACAGACUGUCGAUACCAGACCUAUCUGCUGAUCGCGCCGUAUAAAAUUCUGCUCUUCCUGGGUGCCUGCAUCUACCUCUCCGGUCAAACCGUGUCCGAUUUCUUCGGAUUGUUCGACAGUGGCUGGGGUAAUCAUACCAUUACAGUACGCGAGAUGGAAGCAGUUUUGAACGAAAAGUUCCCUGACCUCUCGUCCAUUACGUCCGAUCUGGAGGUGCAUGAAAUAUUCCCCACCAGCUAUGCCAUCAUCUGGACGACGGUCACGCACAUCCUGUGCGCGUACCUGUGUUAUAUCUUUAGCAAGUUUGCGUGUAAAAUUCAAAUCCAAAGCUUCUCGAUGGCGUUCCCCAUUAACCUAACGGUUCCGGUUACUGUCACCUUGCUGCUCGUGUUCUGCGGCUUGCGAGAGGCGGAUGUCUGUGCGUUCGAUAACAUUCUACCGGAUUAUAUCUUUUUCCGUAUGCCACCAAUUUAUUAUCUGUUCGAUUAUGUGGUGAACGAGUUCUCUUGGCUCUGGUUACUCUGGCUACUGUCACAAACCUGGAUCACACGCCAUCUGUGGAUGGCAAAGAGCGAUCGUAACGCAUCCACGGAGAAACUGUUUGUCACGCCGAUGUACAACAGUCUCUUGAUAGAUCAGAGUGUCGCUAUGAAUCGUCGCCGUGAGGAUCAGGAAGAUUUCGUCAAGAAAAUUGACAUGGUGAAGGUGAAAGACACCGAAAAAGCGAACGAAAUCGAUGCGAAAGCAAGCGAAGGAAAGGACGAUAGAAUCAAACCGUACGAUCGCAUUCCACAGAUCUUCAUCUGCGCGACUAUGUGGCACGAAAACAAGGAAGAGCUGAUGGAGUUCUUAAAAUCGAUCCUACGGCUCGAUGAAGAUCAGUGUGCGCGGCGGAUGGCAAUGAAACACAUCCAGGCGAACAAGGAUGACAUCGAUCCGGACUAUUACGAUCUUGAAACGCACAUCUUUUUCGACGAUGCUUUUGUGAAUGAUAAAUCUAAGUGCGAAAGUGCCGAUGCGUCCCCACUCAACUCCUACGUCAAAACGCUCAUCAACCACAUAGAGGAAGCGGCUCUGGAGGUGUACAAAACAAAGAUGCGUGUGUAUCCACCAACUAAAAUCGUUACACCGUACGGAGGUCGCCUCAUCUGGACCUUGCCUGGACGCACGAAAAUGAUAGCCCAUCUGAAAGACAAGAACAAGAUUCGCCACAAGAAGCGCUGGUCGCAGGUCAUGUACAUGUACUACCUGCUCGGCUAUCGGAUUAUGCAGCUAAACACGUCUCCCGAGCGGAAAAUGGUUAUCGCACAGAACACGUAUCUGUUGGCUCUGGAUGGGGACAUUGAUUUUCAACCGAACGCCGUCUCACUACUCGUUGGGCGCAUGAAGGUCGACCCCGAUCUUGGUGCUGCCUGUGGACGCAUUCACCCUGUUGGUACGGGCCCGAUGGUGUGGUAUCAAAUCUUCGAAUAUGCCAUUGGUCAUUGGCUGCAGAAGGCGACCGAGCACGUCAUUGGCUGUGUGCUGUGUUCUCCCGGUUGUUUCUCGCUCUUCCGUGGUAGAGCGUUGAUGGAAAACUCGGUCAUGAAGAAAUACACCACCAAGUCGGAUCAGGCACGGCAUUACGUACAGUACGAUCAGGGUGAAGAUCGAUGGCUGUGUACACUUCUACUGAAGCAGAAAUUCCGUGUCGAAUAUUCAGCCGCAUCGGACGCUUACACUCACGCUCCAGAAGGAUUCAACGAGUUCUACAAUCAACGCCGUCGUUGGGUUCCGUCUACAAUUGCCAACAUUUUCGAUCUUCUGGCCGAUGCGAAGCGUGUCGUGAAGACGAACAACAGUAUCUCGAUGCCAUAUAUUAUCUAUCAGUGCAUGCUGAUGUUUGGUACGAUUCUUGGCCCCGGAACAAUCUUCCUCAUGAUGGUGGGUGCUUUGGUUGCCGUGUUUCGUAUCGACAUUUGGACCUCUUUCUUGUGGAACGGAAUUCCGCUCGCUGGAUUUAUGGCUAUCUGCUACUGGAUGAAGCAAAAGUAUCAACUCAUUGCUGCCUUCUUCAUCUCAGCCAUCUAUUCGCUCGUCAUGAUGGCCGUACUCGUCGGUAUUGUCGUGCAGGUGAUGGAGGACGGUAUUCUUGCCCCCUCGUCUGUAUUUUUCCUCGCAGUUGCACUUCAGAUCGUCAUCACAGGAGUACUGCAUCCCCAGGAAAUGGAAGCAUUGCCAGCGGGUCUCGUCUACUACAUCACUAUCCCUUCCAUGUACAUGUUGCUCGUCAUCUACUCCGUGUUCAACAUGAAUGACGUUUCCUGGGGAACUCGCGAAAAUCCUGUCGAUGCCGCUAAGAAGGCACCUCCACCGACAGCUGCGCCAGCCGGAAAGAUGCAAAAAAUACUCGGCUAUCUUCGGUCACCCGACAAGGAAGAGGACGGUUCGAUUGACAUCUCGAUCAAUGGACUGUUUCGUUGUUUGCUCUGCACGCACCCGAAGGCCAGUGCGGAAAAGGAGCAGAUCGCACAAAUUGCGGCAUCCCUCAGUGAAAUAAGUGUCAAAAUGAAGGCACUGGAAAUGAAAUUAACCGGCAACGUCAGCGUAAUGAGAUCAGACGACGAGGAUGAUGACAUCGGCAGUCUCGAUAUGCAUCGUCCGGAAGGUAGCCGUGGCCCGUCCUCGCCUACCUCCACCUCCGGCGCUGCGUCACCGAUCCAGACGGUGAAAAAUGAUUCCCUGGAAGAGCCAGAGAAGCAGAUUAACUAUCUUCCGGACUGGUUGUACGACGUGGAUCUUAAAAAUGGAGACACCGAAACGAUAUCUGCCUCGGAGGAACUCUUCUGGAUUGAGCUUAUCGAGAAGUAUCUCAAACCACUGGAUCUGACGGAAAAACAAAAGGAUGAGAUGAAGUCGCAGCUCAAAGGCUUACGAGAUCUGGCCGUGUUUGCAUUCGUCAUGGCUAACGCACUGUUCGUUCUGGUCAUCUUUCUGUUGCAGCUGAAAAAGCAAGAGCUACACGUCGAGUGGUGGUUUAACGUCAAGAACAAGAUCAGCUUCGAUGAAAGCACCGUGGAGAUUAUGAUCCGCAGAGAGUACCUCGAGCUCGAACCGAUCGGAUUGGUGUUUGUGAUGUUCUUCGGAUUGAUUCUCGUCAUCCAGUUUGUGGCAAUGUUGAUGCAUCGUUUCGGAACGAUCUCCCAGAUUCUUGCCUCGACCGAGCUGAACUGGUACUGUUCGAAGAAGGCAAAGGACAUGUCGCUCGAUGCGGAACUGCGAGAGAAUGCGGUUGAGAUUGCGCGCCGUCUGCAACGUCCCAAACCGCAAUGGGAUGAGGAAGACCUGGAGGAUGAACAGAAAGCGAUCGGCAGACGUGAUACAAUCCAUCGUAUUUUGUACCAGCAUAAAAACAAACAGGAUUGGAGUAAUCUGGAAGCGAACUUCAAGCGCAACUAUUACAAGGAAGGCGAACUGGAUCUGGGUCACCGACUCACACUCAGCCGUAAAACGCUCAACGUGCUCGAUACGCGCCGUAAAUCGAUGGCUGAACAGCGAAAGAUCCGUAAAUCGAUCAUCCGAGGCCAGAAUCCGUACGAUUCGGGCGGAGAUCUUUGGUAUCCGGACGAGCCACCGAGUCAUCAGAAUUCACCAGGAUCGCGAUCGUACAAUGGGCCGGGCGGUGGUGGAGGCAAUCGAAAGCGUAGCAGUGCCAACAAUAACGGCGGCGGCGGUGGUGGUCGUCAGUCGGUCAACAACGGGCUAGGUGCCGGCGGUCGUACCAACUUUGCGUACCAAGUUGACGACGAUUUCGACGAUAACUUCUCGGAUGAUGACACUCGCGAAGGCGUACAGUAUCGCCGACCGACGGUGGAGCUGGAGAUGGCCGAACGGGCUAACCGACCACCGAAGAAUCGCAAGAGCCGAGUCGCCUUCGCCUGAGUGUAGCUGUUGACU